AUGGACCCAGAAUUGCUGUAUGCGCAUGUGCCCCGAGACUUCAAGGGACACGUCCUGUCGUUUGACGGAUCGGCGAAGACUGCUAAAUACGGCGGGUUCGGGAGUUGUUCUUGGAUCCUGUGGCGUUUGCUAGACUGGAACAUUGAGAUCGCUGCGAGCACGCACCUCCCAUCGACCACGGUGAAUAUAGCCGAGUACACCGGCAUGAACAAUGGGGUGACCUCGGCCAUUGAGCGCGGGGUGACGGAUUUGAUCAUCGUGGGCGACUCCCGGCUUGCGAUCCAGCAAUCCAUGGGGGUGAUCGCGUGUAAGAAGGAGGCAUUGCAAGUCGAGUUAGCACGCCACAAGAAAUUGGUCAGCAAGUUGAAUUCAGUUCGCUACCUCCACGUAGUGCGUCUCUACAACUCGGCUGCUGACUCUUUAGCGACCGAAGCACUGGAAACCAAAGCAGGAAAGGUCGUGCUAAGCGCCGGACGGAAAGCCGAGUUGAAGACCCUAAACAGGAUCUCUGAGGUCCUGUACGUGGACACGGACUCGGCUGCAGCCCCGGCCGAGGGUGUUGAGAUGGCUGCCCUCGGAGAAGCCCGGGAGCCCAACGCCAUGGACAUCGAUCCGGUAGUGGUCCAAGCUGAGCGCCGCCUGCGAAUAGCAAGAGCUCAAGACGAGGAACAACGAUGGGCCGACUUGAAGACCUACCUGAGAGGGGAUUAUGCGCAGCUCACACAUCGCCGAGCUCACAACGCUGGGAAAGUUGCCGACGAGUUUGUUCUCAGCGAA